AAGAUUUGCUGGAGAAACAGGGCUGAGGUAUUGAGUUAAACGCAGCCAAAAUGUCGCGGCCGAAUCUUUUCGAAAUUGGCGAUACCAAGAAAUGACCAACGUGGAGUGAAACAAUCAACGGUGAUUGACGGAUCCAUGACCACUUAUCGUUGGUCACAGCAAAACUUUUCACGGCACCGUACGCCAUGUCGACGAAGUGCUCACCAAAGCGGCUUCAAUCAACCAUUCCUUAUCCAAAAGAAAUGCAAAUUUGCUUACCACAAAUUACGGGUCCUUGGAUACAUGGUGGGCAAGGACGGAUUCGAAAUGGACCGCGUCAAGGUGGAGAAGAUCUUGCGAUGGCCGACGCCAACUAGCCUCGAGCCUCACCGAGCUGAAUCGUUACGUCAAGCUUAUCCAAUUUUAUCGACGGUUCAUCCCCUCCUUCUCCAAGGAAAUCUCCCCACUAACCCAGUUGAAGAAAAUGGAUGUGGCCUUCCAUUGGGGCCAGGUUGAACAACGGUGCUUUGAAAAAUGCAAAAUGCUCAUCAGUUCGGAACCGGUGCUGGCGCAUCCCGACUUCAACGGACUAUUCGUUCUUUUUACAGACACGUCGGGUAUAGGCCUGGGAGGUGUAUUGACGCAAAAGGCCGACGCUGGAAG